CGCUGGGAACAGCCAUAUCCUGUCUGUUUGUCAUCUUAGCGCUUGCGUAGAGUGCUGUUGCGGGGGACUUGCGGGAUAAUGAGCUUCUGCAUCGGCUUUGGGGGAAUCGGAGCAGGAGGACAUGCUGCCAAAUAGUGGUCUCCAGCUGCUGGUGUUCUUAUAGAGGGUCCGCCUGCGUAGUAGGGGACAGAGUCUGGGGCGCCAUCCCCACCUGCCGCACCUGACAGGGGCUUUUCGGGCGUCCCAGCCUCCCACUGAGCGGGGCUUCCUCACUCGUCGGGCCGGGAGGGGCUAACAAAGUGAAGAUCACUUCUAAAUUUCUUCUUCUGAGUUGUGAAGUUCUGUUUAAUCUUCAAACUGGCGAUGUCAAGGGUGCCGAGUCCUCCUCCUCCGGCAGAAAUGUCGAGUGGACCUGUAGCAGAGAGCUGGUGCUAUACUCAGAUCAAGGUGGUGAAAUUUUCCUACAUGUGGACCAUAAACAAUUUCAGCUUCUGCCGAGAAGAAAUGGGUGAGGUUAUCAAAAGUUCAACCUUUUCAUCUGGGGCCAAUGAUAAACUCAAAUGGUGUUUACGUGUGAACCCUAAAGGCUUGGAUGAAGAAAGUAAAGAUUAUCUCUCCCUCUAUCUGUUGCUGGUGAGCUGUCCAAAAAGUGAAGUUCGAGCAAAGUUCAAAUUCUCCAUCCUGAAUGCUAAAGGAGAAGAAACAAAAGCAAUGGAGAGCCAGCGAGCAUAUCGAUUUGUACAAGGCAAGGACUGGGGAUUCAAAAAAUUUAUUAGAAGAGACUUUCUUUUGGAUGAGGCCAAUGGACUUCUUCCAGAUGACAAACUCACUCUCUUCUGUGAGGUGAGUGUGGUCCAGGACUCUGUCAAUAUCUCUGGCCAGAACACAAUGAACAUGGUGAAGGUUCCAGAGUGCCGUUUGGCAGAUGAGCUGGGAGGGCUCUGGGAGAACUCACGCUUCACGGACUGCUGUCUAUGCGUGGCGGGCCAGGAGUUCCAGGCUCACAAAGCCAUACUGGCAGCACGUUCCCCGGUUUUCAGCGCUAUGUUUGAGCAUGAGAUGGAAGAGAGUAAAAAGAAUCGGGUUGAAAUCAAUGAUGUGGAGCCUGAAGUUUUUAAGGAAAUGAUGUGCUUUAUUUACACGGGGAAGGCACCAAAUCUCGACAAAAUGGCUGAUGACUUGCUGGCAGCUGCUGACAAGUAUGCUCUAGAACGUCUGAAGGUGAUGUGUGAGGAUGCACUGUGCAGUAACCUGUCUGUGGAAAAUGCAGCAGAGAUUCUCAUUCUAGCUGACCUACAUAGUGCUGAUCAACUGAAAACUCAAGCAGUGGACUUCAUUAACUAUCAUGCUUCUGACGUCAUGGAGACAUCAGGCUGGAAGUCUAUGGUUGUAUCGCAUCCCCAUUUGGUGGCUGAGGCGUAUCGCUCUUUGGCCUCCGCACAGUGUCCCUUUCUGGGACCCCCACGUAAGCGACUGAAGCAAUCCUAAAGCCCUAUCUCACACCACCCCAUGUUUUUCUGGAAGCAGCAUCAGCUGUUGCUGCUAUAACCUUGACCACCAGGUAGAAAGCGAAAUCUGUGGAGCUUUUACUCUGUUGUUGGGAGGAAGAGACUGCUUUGUGACACCCAGACUUUUUAAAACAGCACCAAGUAACUUGGGGAGAGGGGGGAGGGUGGGCCUG